AUCCCCCUCGAGGGCGGCUCGUCACUCAUCUCGAAGCAGUUUCUCGUUCUUGUUAGUGUGUCAUGUCAGACGAAGAGAAGGAGAAGGAGAGGAGGAGGGACAAGGUGGCAGAGUUCCUCAAGAAGAACCUCGACAAGGGAGAAUUGGCCCUCAAACAUGCGGCAGGUCUCGGUCAUCAGCCCAAUGUCGUCCCAGUGACGGACCCUGUGAUGGACGGGCCUCUUCGUGAUGUCGAAGUUGGCUGGCAUCCUGUGGGCGGCGUUGCCGGAAAAUGGUUCGCAGAGGACACUGGAUUGGGUAAGAUGAUUACCGAGAAGAUCAACCGGUAUCCGGAUCCUACGCAACAUUGGGCUGUGCUCGUUGGUGACUAUGCUCACCAAUUGUGGAUGGACGAAAACUUUGAUGUCAUUUACACGAAUGAAAAGAUCAACCGGGAAGAGUGGCAUACCUUCAAAGUCGGCGAGACGCGGUUCAACGAUGACGCGACCCGACGGGCUGGCGAGUCCGUCAUUCAAAGUAUUCGAGACAGACAGCCGGCCUACAAUCUCAUCACCAACAACUGCCAAACCUAUGCACUGCAGCUACUGGACGCCAUUAAGGUUGGUGUGGCCAAAGAAUUCGGCACUACCUUGGCUGUCUACGAGAGAUUGUUUGGAUCUGGCAAGGUCAAGGACCUUUUUGAACACGGGGAUGUUCAGAUCCAAGAAGGAGAGGAUGCCACGGCUGGUCAAGGCACAGUCUCGUUCGCACAGCAGGUCAUGAACGAAAAUACAACCCAGCUAGAGCCAGAGGCAGAGUUGAAGAAGCACAAGCAGCAGAGGGAAGAGGCAGAACAGGAGCAAAGUAGGUCGCUACAGCUAGAUGGGGAAGACAAAGAGGAGAAGGAGGAGAAGGAGAAAAGCAGCUAUAAAGAGGUGAAGGAGCGCUUUGGGGGUUUCGUUUCACGGUUCAAGCGAAAGUGAAACCAGAUUUCACGAAGAAGCGAGAAGGAGAACAGGAAUGUAGUCAACGCCGAGUAGAGCGUCGUUAAUAGAUGAGACCAAUUAUUACAACUUUCCAAACG